GUUGCUGCACAGCAGUUAACGGGUCAGAGUCAGAGCGUGUCCGCGGCACAGAGGAGACCUUGGCGCGUCAUCCACGCAGUUUCCAACUCAGUUGAGCAGGGAAGACAGGCAGCUCACGGGUGGACACUAAACUUAAAGUGGGAUGACAUCUGAGCGAUGAACACAGGGAUAUUCCCCACUGAUGGCAGUGAUGGAGAACACAACAUGGCCGUACCCCGCAUACGUCCCCCAUUAUCUCCUGCGUGACGACCCCUUUGCUUCGAGGCUCUCCAGAGAGGCGGACAUUAUUGCGGCUUUGUACAUCUGCAUCAUAGGAAUCCUGUCUGCAACAGGAAAUGGCUACGUCAUUUAUAUGACCAUCAAACGCAAGACCAAGCUGAAGCCUCCUGAACUCAUGAUCGUUAACCUUGCCAUUUUCGAUUUUGGCAUAUCAGUGACAGGAAAGCCGUUUUUUGUGGUGUCCAGUUUCUCCCACCGCUGGCUGUUCGGCUGGGAGGGCUGUCAGUUCUACGGCUGGGCAGGCUUCUUCUUUGGCUGUGGGAGCCUCAUCACCAUGACAGUGGUGAGCCUGGACCGCUACCUGAAGAUCUGCCACCUCCGAUACGAAGAUGACAAAGUCUUCAUUUCCAGUCCUCGAGUGUCGAUGUUCCACAUUUUAGAUGUUUUCCUGGUUCAACUCACUGAAUCAAACGACAGCACGUGGUUAAAACGCCAACACUCCUUCAUAUGCUUGGUCUUUGUCUGGGUGUAUGCGGCCUUCUGGGCCACCAUGCCACUGGUUGGCUGGGGCCACUACGCCCCGGAGCCGUUUGGGACCUCAUGCACCCUGGACUGGUGGCUCGCUCAAGCCUCGGUGUCGGGCCAAAGCUUCGUGUUGGCCAUCCUCUUCUUCUGCUUCCUCCUCCCAGCGGGCAUCAUCGUGUUCUCCUACGUCAUGAUCAUUUUUAAAGUGAAGUCGUCGUCGAAGGAAAUCUCAAACUUCGAUGCCCGCAUACGGAACAACCACAACCUGGAGAUGAAACUCACAAAGGUGGCGAUGGUGAUCUGCGCGGGCUUCUUGAUCGCCUGGAUUCCGUACGCCGUGGUCUCUGUGGUGUCGGCGUUCGGCGAGCCGGACUCCGUCCCCAUCCCCGUGUCUGUCAUUCCCACGCUGCUCGCCAAGUCGUCAGCGAUGUACAAUCCAAUCAUCUACCAGCUGGUGGAUCUGAAGAACUCCUGCAGCAACUGCUGCGUCAAGGUCAUGAAGAAACGGAAUCAUUUUAGGAAGUCGAGGUUCUACGCAAUCUCCGGCUCAAUAAAGGACAACGGAGCAGCCAAAGACGCUCACAUCGAGAUGUAAGGCUGUGAAACUGUUGAGGCUGCUGACCUUUCGUCUCUUCUACCGCGGACAUUUUGCCUUCGCCAUGCCCUCUCUGUGUCCACCAGCUAACCAAUCACACGCUGCCUCCCUGCCAUGAGGUCAUCACCUGCUCACCUUCGUUGCUGCAGCUCCCUACCUACACAGGAUGUCCACCUUUCUGGUAGCUCCCUACCUGCACAUCAGUCUAUCUCUGUAGUGUUCACUGGUUUCUAAGUACGGAUAAAAUGUUGUGUUGAUUUUUCCAUCUCCAUCAUUCAAGAGUUCUCAAAAGAAAAAAUAUUUUAAACUAUUUGACUCAGGUUUGGGAAUUACUGAGGUUUCCAAGUUAGACGGAGUUGAAGCUUUAAUGUUUUUGUGUAAAAUAUGGUUACAAUUCUCUAAAUUUGGUUUGUUUGACAUUUUUAGCUAAAAUUACAACUUAAAAAACAAAACAAAACAAACCAUAGAUUCAUGUUGAUGUUUUCUGCUGUUUGUACAGGUUGCUGGUGUUUGUACUUUUACACUUGUGUUGUAUAUGAAAAACAAUUUGUAAGUAUCUGGAUGAAGCACUGGAUCAGAUUAUCUCAUCUGGUUAACGGCAGAGAGAGAGAGACGACUUUCAACUCUGUUGACUGAGAAGUCAAACCAGGAAAAGUUGAGCAAUCAUUAUUUAGCAACAUCAAUCAAAAGUCAAUAGUGUGAGGUAUAGGUUUCCAAGAAAACACACACACACAGGAUGAGAGCACUUUACUUUCCAAGCCAUUCAGAAUGCAUUGACGCCAGAUGUUGUAAUAGUUUUAUAUCUGGUUGAUUGUUGCAAAAAUGGGUUGAAUUAAUUUAAAGAAAAACAGAUUAAUUUCUACAAGCACCUACAUUUCUAGGAAUGGAGUUAUAGUUAUUUCAGGGAUGACUAAAAUAUAUUUAUUUUUGCUAUUUCUUCUCUCUGUUUUUUUGGUUGCCAUUGAAAAUAAAAGUUGUUC